AUGAAUAAACUCAAAAAGCGCCCUCGCGUCUCGGGCAAAGCGUCCAAUGACAAGAUCGACCAAAAUGAAGAGGAUUGCAACAUGGAAUUGAUGGAUGAAGACAUGGAGAGCAGUGAUUCUGAGAAUGACCUCACUUUUUAUCCAAAUGACAGUAAGGAAGUUGCCGACGGUUCGGACGACAUGAAUGGCGGUGAGGCUGCAGCUGUUGCUGGUGGCGGCGUUACCAUGGAUUUUAUCUUUUCAGAUCCGCGCGAGACUCACUUUCACAGUGUCAAGCAAUUCUUGCUCGCCUACCUGCCGUCCUCGCAGCCAUUUGAUGUAUCUGGACUGGCGAACGCCAUCGUGGGUCAAGUCACAGCCGGUACUAUGGUCUGUGCUGAGGGCGAAGAUGAUGUUUAUGGGUUUAUUACUGCCCUAAAUAUAAAAUCUUUUGCUCACGAAAUUAGCAUCCAACAGGUCCUGCAGUACGUGACUAAGAAGUGUCCGUGUGCUGAAUCGCCUCAGCUCUAUCAGAUUCUGAGUAAGAAGACUGUCGGGCUCGUUAUUAGUGAGCGCAUGGUAAAUCUGCCGUAUCAGCUGGUGCCGGCUCUGCACUCAGCACUACACGAGGACAUAGAAUGGGCAAUGAACAAUGAAGACACAGAGGAGCUGCGCAACAGUUUUAAAAUGGAUUAUUUUCUUAUCUUAGCAGCAUGCACAGAAGAGAAGAACAGCAACAGUGUCUCUAGAAAGGACAAAAAGUGUAAAACGACGAACGAGCAAGUAAACAAGGUUUAUCAUAAGUUCGAAGAAGAAUUUUUCGAGCAGGAAGCAGAGCUGUCUUUCUCGUUCGAGGUCCCAUCGACCGACCGCGAGCGCGUGGGUAAGAGUAGCAAAACCACCGUUGUUUUGUUAAUUGAGCGCAAAAAGCAUAAGGCAGCAUUGGCCAACAUCUCGGCCAUGAUCAACGCGUAA